UUGAUUGAAAUCAAAAAGAAAAACACUACAAUAAUGCAGAUAGACAGUAGGACAAGAAACCCAACAUAAUGAAACAACAAAUUAAAGAAUCCUAAAUGACUGCAAAUAGUUUAUAACAAUAAUGUUUUAAAACCACUUCCAAUUUAUUAAUUUAUAAAUUGACAUUAUGAUACAUCUAAUGGAAAGAGUAAAAAAGACUCACGCUAUGGUGUUUAAAAAGUAAGGAGGGAGGGUACAGUAAAAGACACAGUGAAUAUAAACUAGGAAUAGUAAAAAUGUAAUAUACACAUAAUAUCUCCAGACCUGUGUUUUGUGGCCAUGGCAAUAAAGAUUACAGUUUAUUCCCUGAGCUUAAAGCUGUCAUGAACUGCAUGAGGAUGUUUAAAGAUAACAUAAAGACGAUGUAAAUUUAAAUUGCCUCAGAAGCGUAGUCUGUGACGCAAACUUAAACUUAAAAAUCAGGGCAAGAUUGCCAUCACUCCCCGACUGAUUACAGGUCUCCUCAUUUACAGGGAACACCAGUCAGCAACGAUCUUGCUUAUAACUGUUUCCUGAUGCUUCUGUCUGUCACACACUUACGCAACCUCCUUGAACAAAUGUAUCUGAGCUCAUUUGAAUGAUAAUAGUGUUUUACAGUUAAAGCCAGGCAUGUGAUCAACCACCCCCACUUGUCAUUUCACUGGAUUAUGUUGCAUUCUGUUGAUAAUAUGCAAAGCGGCUAUAAUAUCACACCACUUGUAUCAUGUCACACAUGUAAAUGUGAAGUUAUUUUUUUCCCCAUAAUGAUAGAUAUGGCAGAAAAUCAAGGCAGUGUUUGACAGCAGGGACAUUUCAAUAAAAGACCCAGGUUUUAUGGUUUACAUGGUGCACGUAGCAUGGCACUCAAAAACUUUAAACUGUAACUGUAGCACAUCUUUAAGGCUUGUUGGUAUCAUGGGCAGGUGGCUGGAGAUGUCACUCUGGGGAAAUAAGUGUGACCGGAGGAGAUUGAUUAAAAAAAAAAAAAAAAAAAAAACACUUAGAAAACAGCGGGCUUACAACGCAUCCGAUGUGAACCCCCGACAAAAGCAAAGACGGUACACAAUAAACUCUCACCCCCGUGGGUUUGAACCCCUAAAAAGCCGUAAAACAUGGCUGCAGCUGUACAAAUACGGUUUCAAGGGUAAAACAAGGACAGAGCGGGAUGCCUGAGCCCAAGAGGAAAAUGGAGUAGGUUUUAUUGAAACCCUUGUUUCUGUCAAAUAAUACCUCUGCUCCUUUUUCCCCACUUGUGAUCUAAUGUGUCCCCAAAGCUCCAUGCACGAACGGCAAAACUGCGUCCCUUUAAUAAUACCCUCCCUCCCUCCCUCCCUCCCUUCCUCCCUCCCUCCUUUUUUUUUAUGCCAUUUUCUUUCCUCCCCCAAUACCCACCCUUCUCCUCCCCCUCCUUUUGCUCUGCGGUUGCCAUGACAACAGCAGCACUGCACCAUUCAUCUGUUGGAGACCUGGGCUCCUGUUCCUGUAGAGAGUGCGCCUCUCACAUCUAUACAUAACACGCUAAGCGCUAAUGCAGUCACGGAGGCGAACGAGGAGCUCACUCCUAUCUGUGCUCACGGGCUCCUCGCAAGAAAAAGCUCCCUGUUCUGGUCCGUCUUAUUUUAUUUAUUUAUCUUUUUAAUUUCUUUCGUAGCGUUGGAGGUUUUGGUCACCUGUCAGCCCUCGGUGCGCGCCGCCACCACAGAGGUGUCACCUCUGUGUCCCCCUCUUUCCCCAGUGACACAGUGACUGCUGCGUUCUUCCUUCCUCCUUUCCUUUUCCUCCCUCUCCCUCUCUUUCCUCCUCCUCCUCCUCUUCUUGCUCCUCCCGUCGCUGCCAAAUCUGCCUGGCUCUGUAUCAUUUACUGCGACUGAAUUGAGCGGGCAGCAUCGGCACUGAAACCUGUGGAGAUUUCCUCAGAAAGGAAACAAGAGGGGGAAGCAAGAGAGCGAGCUUCUGUUCCUCCGCUCUUAUCCUCCCCUGCUCUGCUGCAGGUGGUUUUUUUUUUCUUCCCCUGUUUUUCUUUUCUUGUUCUUUCCUUGUUUUUGAUGAACUGGUCAUCGCUCAGGGAGGAAGGACUGCGCGUGUCGCUGGAGGGGGAAGGAGGGGAGCUGGUGCCGUACUCCAGCCUUCAGGAAUGCGAGAUCUGGUUUGAGAAUGCCCCUCUGCGGAAAGCAAAGUUUGUGGAGAGCCCUCGCAUUCCACAAUCAGAGCUUGGCUCCCCUACACACACCUCCACCACUGCCAAGAAUCCAGACCUGGACACAUACUGCCCUGGGGAGUCAAGCCAGGAGCUGGGCCCCCCUCCGUCGGUGGAUGAGGCAGCCAACACAUUGAUGACGCGCCUGGGUUUCCUUCUGGGAGACAAAGUGAGUGAGGGGCCAGCCGGCACCCAGUACAGCAUGGAGGAACCCGAGGCAAGACAGGGCCAGAACCAGAGGAUCAGCCCGUGCUCCACCCUGACCAGCAGCACUGCCUCCCCCCCUGCAGGCAGCCCCUGCUCCACCCUCCCCCCUGCCAUGCCUGGCCAGGCAGGCAACAAGGACUGUGCCUACGGUUCUGUCACCAGUCCCACCUCAACCCUGGAGAGCAGGGACAGCGGGAUCAUCGCCACUCUGACCAGCUACUCCGAGAACAUGGAGCGAGGCGGCAAAUACGGCGAAGGCUCCCGGGCGAACCUCAAACUGUGGCAGUCCCAGAAAUCAGGCAUGGACUCGUUCCUGUACAGGGUGGAUGAAAACAUGACAGCCUCCACCUACAGCCUCAACAAAAUCCCUGAGCGCAACCUGGAGAGCAUGUCCUCCCACUCUGCCCACUCCAUCCCUCUGUACCUCAUGCCCCGUCCUAACUCUGUGGCUGCUACCAGUUCAGCCCACCUGGAGGACCUGGCAUACCUGGAUGAGCAGAGACACACUCCAUUACGCACCUCGCUGCGCAUGCCCAGACAGAGCACCACCUGCGGGCCGGGUCGCUCCGGGCAGGACCUGAGAGCUUCCGCUAAUAACACCCAUGCCUGGCAAUCCCAGUCACUGCGUUUUGCACCCUAUCGUCCUCAAGACAUCGCCCUCAAACCUCUGCUGUUUGAGGUGCCCAGCAUCACCAUGGACUCCGUGUUCACGGGCCGCGAGUGGCUCUUCCAGGAGAUCGACGCCCACCUCAACAGCCCCAACGCCAGCACCAACCGCGGCGUGGUAGUGGUCGGCAACAUCGGCUUCGGCAAGACCGCCAUCAUCUCUCGCCUGGUGGCUCUCAGCUGCCACGGCACCCGCAUGAGACAGAUCGCCUCCGACAGCCCACAGGCCUCACCCAAACAUGGAGAGGGGCUCCCUCUCACCCAGCCACAGCCCACGCAUGGCACCCUGGGAGGAGGCAGCUGUCCCGGGACCCCAGAGAUGAGGCGGCGUCAGGAAGAAGCCAUGAGGAGGCUGGCGUCUCAGGUGGUGGCGUACCACUACUGCCAGGCAGAUAACGCCUACACCUGCCUGGUGCCGGAGUUUGUGCACAACGUGGCGGCUCUGCUGUGCCGCUCGCCGCACCUCGUCGCCUACAGGGAGCAGAUGCUGAGGGAGCCGCACCUACAGAGCAUCCUGAGUCUGCGCUCCUGCGUCCAGGACCCCCUGGCCUCUUUCAGGAGGGGGGUCCUAGAACCCCUGGACGCACUUUACAAAGAGAGGAAGAUCAAUUCCGAGGAGGACCUCAUCAUCCUCAUCGACGGUUUGAAUGAGGCAGAGUUCCACAAGCCAGACUACGGAGACACCAUCGUGUCCUUCCUCACCAAAACCAUCAACAAGUUCCCUCCCUGGCUCAAGCUUGUGGUCACAGUCAGAACCACAUUACAGGAGAUUACCAACGCACUGCCGUUCCACCGCAUCUCUCUGGACAGCCUGGAGGAGAACGACGCCAUAGACCAGGACCUGCAGGGCUACAUCCUGCACCGCAUCCACAGCAGCCCAGAGAUCCAGAACAACAUCUCGCUCAACGGCAAGAUGGACAACACCACCUUCGGCAAGCUCAGCGCCCACCUCAAGGCCCUGAGUCAGGGCUCCUAUCUGUACCUCAAACUCACCUUUGACCUCAUCGAGAAGGGCUACCUUGUCCUCAAAAGCUCCAGCUAUAAGGUGGUUCCAGUCAACCUCGCUGAGGUGUACCUGCUGCAGUGCAACAUGCGCUUCCCCACGCAGUCGUCGUUCGAGCGGGCACUUCCUCUGCUCAACGUGGCCGUGGCCUCGCUUCACCCGCUCACCGACGAGCAGAUAUAUCAGGCCAUCAACUCCGGUUCACUGCAGGGAACACUGGACUGGGAGGAUUUCCAGCAACGUGUGGACAACCUGUCUGUCUUCCUGGUGAAGAGGAGGGACGGCACAAGGAUGUUUGUUCACCCCUCCUUCAGGGAGUGGUUGAUCUGGAGAGAAGAGGGAGAAAAGACAAAGUUCCUCUGUGAUCCAAGGAGCGGGCACACCCUACUGGCCUUCUGGUUUUCUCGGCAGGAGAACAAGCUGAACAGACAGCAGACUAUUGAGCUGGGCCAUCACAUCCUCAAAGCACAUAUCUUCAAGGGUCUCAGCAAGAAAGUCGGGGUUUCCUCAUCUAUCUUGCAAGGCCUGUGGGUAUCCUACAGCACGGAGGGCCUUUCAGCUGCACUUUCUUCACUUCGAAACCUCUACACUCCCAACAUCAAGGUGAGCCGGUUACUGAUGCUGGGCGGCGCCAAUGUGAACUACCGUACGGAGGUGCUGAACAAUGCCCCCGUCCUGUGCGUCCACUCCCACCUGGGCUACAUGGACAUGGUGGCUCUGCUGCUUGAGUUCGGCGCCUCUGUCGACGCCCCGUCCGAAAGUGGCCUCACACCGCUGGGCUACGCUGCCGCCGGGGGACACAUGGCCAUCGUGACCGCACUUUGCCGCAGGAGAGCGAAGGUGGACCACUUGGAUAAGAAUGGGCAGUGUGCUCUGGUUCACGCGGCGCUGAGGGGCCACAUGGAGGUGGUGAAGUUCCUCAUCCAGUGUGACUGGAGCAUGGGGCCACAACAGCAGCAGCAGUCACCACAGACCCAACAACAGGCGGCCUUCACCAAGAGCCACGCAGUCCAGCAGGCCCUCAUCGCUGCAGCCAGUAUGGGAUACACAGAGAUCGUGUCCUACCUGCUGGACCUGCCGGAGAAAGAUGAAGAGGAGGUGGAGAGGGCUCAAAUCAAUAACUUUGACACCCUGUGGGGGGAGACAGCUCUGACUGCAGCCUCUGGUCGGGGGAAGCUGGAGGUUUGUCGCCUGUUACUGGAACAGGGCGCAGCUGUGGCCCAACCCAACAGACGCGGCAUCGUCCCGCUGUUCAGUGCCGUCCGACAGGGACACUGGCAGAUCGUGGACCUCCUCCUCACACACGGAGCAGAUGUCAACCUGGCUGACAAGCAGGGUCGCACCCCUCUAAUGAUGGCCGCCUCAGAGGGACACCUGGGAACUGUGGAGUUUUUAUUAGCCCAAGGAGCCUCCCUGUCUCUGAUGGAUAAGGAGGGUCUGACGGCUCUGAGCUGGGCCUGUCUCAAAGGCCAUUUGCCUGUCGUCCGCUGCCUGGUGGAGAGUGGAGCCGCCACCGACCACGCAGACAAGAACGGACGCACGCCCCUCGACCUGGCGGCUUUCUACGGCGACUCUGAAGUGGUCCAGUUCUUGGUGGACCACGGGGCCAUGAUAGAGCACGUAGACUACAGCGGGAUGCGUCCUCUCGACAGGGCGGUGGGCUGCAGGAACACGUCGGUGGUGGUCGCCCUGCUCAAGAAAGGAGCCAAGAUAGGAUGUCAGACGCUGCCCAGUCGGCCCCGAGGUCCAGCCACAUGGGCCAUGGCCACGUCCAAACCCGACAUCAUGAUCAUCUUACUAAGCAAACUCAUCGAGGAGGGGGACAGCUUCUACAAGAAGGGGAAGGUGAAGGAGGCGGCGCAGCGUUAUCAGUAUGCACUCAAAAAGUUUCCACGCGAAGGCUUCAGCGAGGACCUCAAGACAUUCAGGGAACUCAAAGUAUCGCUCUUCCUCAACCUGUCCCGAUGUCGGAGGAAAAUGAACGACUUUGGGAUGGCUGAGGAAUUUGCUACGAAGGCACUUGAACUGAAACCAAAAUCAUAUGAAGCGUACUACGCCAGGGCACGCGCCAAGCGUAGCAGCAGACAAUUUCCUGAAGCCUUAGAGGACUUGAAUGAAGCCAUAAAGCAGUGCCCCAACAACCGAGAGAUCCAGCGGCUGCUCCAGAGGGUGGAGGAGGAGUGUCACCAGCUCGACCAGGAGGAGCACCAGCAGCAGGACCUGGAACUGGAGCCUCCUCCCUCCCCUCCUCCUACGCCUCCCCCAGAAGAGGAGGAGUCCCUGUCCCUGUCCAUGCCUCUCCCUCCUCCCCCAGAGCCCCGCCUGGAGGACAUGGAGCCCGUCCAGGACCUGUUUGAGGAUGAGGACUACCUGGAGCAGGAGCUGGAGGCCAUGUCUAUGGGUCUGCCCCCACCUGAGUCUCUCGCAAAUCCCUCCAGCCUUCCCAUCAUUCAGAGCCCACCGCUCUCCCCCACACAUCCAGAUCAGAUCUAUUUAGCUGGGGGUUCGCCCAUGGGCCAGCCCUAUGAGUAUCACCCCACCUCGUCCUCCAUGUCCUCUCCAACCCGCGGGACGUACCAGCCCACAUCGCCCUCUCUAUCCCCAACACAUCAGAACUCCCACUACCGACACAGCCCGCCUCACACCUCCCCAGUGCAUCAGCCGUCCUACCGCUUCAGCCCGCCUCCCAUGGGCACCGGGGGUCAGGGAAUGGAUCACCAGAGCCCCCCGCCUUCCCCUUUACGUCGAGCUGCUCAAUACAGAGCCAGCCCGCCAGUAGAAAGUGUUUGUCUGUACAGGUCCCAGUCUGGGUCGCCUGUGCGCUACCAGACAGAGCAGCUCCCCGGCCGACCCAAAUCUCCCCUCUCUAAGAUGAGCAGCCAGCGUUCGUUCCAGCUGAGCUCACAGCCCUCAUUGUCCUCCCAGCACCACCAAGCCCAAGGCCUUCGUCUUCAGCCUUCUAUAGCCCAGAUAGUCCGCACAAACCAGCCCAGCAAUGUGAUGGGCAACAGCAGCUACGGUGGCCAGAUGGGCCACUCCAUCGGCGGUCGCUACCAAGGGGGUUCAGUGGACGUGGAGAGCCGGCUGGUGUACCAGCCCUCCCUGGAUGGACGGUCCAUGCCCCAGGUCCAGGCCAGCCUCAGUUCUGGGGCCCUCUGUCAGCACGGCGGCCGAGGAGGGGUUAUGGAGUCGGGCCUGUUGAAGGAUGAGCUACCCCAGCGCCCCUCCUCUGCCUACCGCGCCAGCAGCGGGGGCCCGGGGGGCAUGCGCUACAGCCAGACACCCCAGAUCAGCCGCAGCCAGUCAGCUGCCUACUACCCAGUCUCUGAACACGUGCUGGAGCGCGCUAACGCCAUGCCACCCUGUCAGCUGGGCUCUCCUGAGAUUCCCCAUAUGGUGAGGCGCCCCGUCAGUGCCAAUACUACUGAGAUGAAGCAGCAUGUGCCCACCCCCAGGCCUCUCAUCCAUUCUCAGAGCGUAGGCCUUCGAUUCUCCCCGUCCAGCAACAACAUCUCAACUGGAUCCACCUCGAAUUUAGCACCGGGUUUCAGGCCUUCCUCUUCCAUCCAGCAGAUGGAGAUCCCCCUGCAGGCCACAUACGAGCGCACCUGUGAUGACAUGUCCCCCAUCUCUCCUUCGCAGGGCAGCGGGGGGCUGUAUCAGGGCGAGACCACCCGCUCUCGGAACACGCCCUUCAUGGGCAUCAUAGACAAGACGGCGCGGACUCAGCAGUACCUGCAUCAGCCCUCGCGGUCCAGGGCCAUGACGUCCAUGGACUCUGCCAUUAGCCCCACCUCGCCCGGCCAGCUGGUCCAGCAAGGCUCCACCUACAGUCCCCCCGCCUCACUGGGAAAUAUCGCCUACUACAACAAGACCAACAACGCCCAAAAUGGACACCUGUUGGAGGAGGACUACUACUCCCAGACCCAGCCCCCUUCACUGGGGAAGCUGGCCAACGGCUCCCGCGGCAGUGGAGACAUCCUGGAGAGGGUCAGCCAGGUGCCCACCUACCCGGAUGUGAAGGUGGCGAGGACUCUGCCUGUGGCGCAGGCCUACCAGGACAACAUGUACCGCCAGCUCUCGCGUGACUCCCGCACCCAAGGCCCCACCUCCCCUAUCAAACCAAAGAGACCGUUUGUGGAAUCAAAUGUGUGAUGGCCUGUCUGUGACUGGUUGGUGGGACUGGGCUUGUUAGUGGGAGUAAGAGGAGAAAAAACAGUUAGCUCAACAGCACAUGCUGCUGACCUUUGUACAUGUGACAUGGACAAACUUGUCUUAAAGAACUCACGAGAGACAGAUCCAGUCAGAGAGAAAACCACACAGCCGGCAUACACACACACACACACUUAGGGUAUUAGACAUUAUCUUAUAUGAAAAACAUAACUAACAGUGAAGCGAUUAUUUCAUUAUCAUACUCUGCACACAGGUAGGAUAACAGGAGGGUCCUAAGUUCUGAUCUCACUGAAUUAAAGACCAGUGCACUUCCAAAACAUUGUGUGGCACAAAGUUCCCACAAGUGAACACAACAGGUGGGACUGUAAGAGUGAAAGUACUAAUCAUCGGACUCUACUUGUGGACUCUGUAUCCAUCUUCUGUUCUUUCAAAGUGUGCUCUUAACCAAGGUUGCUAGUAGGCUCUAUUCUAUGUAAUACAAUAUUAUAUGUUCAAUACUGUACAUUGCUCAGAAAAUACAAAUGGCUCAACAACUCAGUACUUAGAGAAAGAUGACAAUAUUUAUAAUUAAGUUAUAUAUUGUACAUAGAAAUAAAAGGAAACAUAGUUUGCGUUUGAAUUGUAUUCUGUUAACCCUGCCUUUGUGUCCCACUGCUAGUCAUAUGGAUGUGGAGAACCGACCAGGGUGAGGAAGGAGGGACACAGACCAACUUUGAAUGACAUUAUUACCUCUUUUGUGUCAAAAUAAAAAAAGAUUUUGUUGUGGUGUAAUGCAAGAGAAUGCUUUUUCUGCUGCAGUACGUCCUCAAUAAUGUAAAAUAGGGCUGCAACUAACGAUUAUUUUCGUUAUCCAUUAAUCUGCUGAUUUUUUUUUUUUUCGAUCCGUUUUUUGGGGGAGGGGAGUGGAAUGUCAGGUAUUGAUAAAAAAAAUAUGCCCAGUAUAAUUUUUACGAGUCCCAAGGCAACAUCUCCAAAUGUCAACCAACAGUCAGAUAUUCAGUUUACAAUGAUAUAAAACAGUCAAAGCAGUGACUCCUCAAGCUGGAGAAAAAGUCGGUGAGCUUUUGCUAUUCUGCUUGAAAAAUGACUGAAAUGACUGAAAUGAUCAGUCGAUUGAGCAACAAAUGGUUUCAGUUAAUAAACACACUUAAUAAACAAAAUUAAAUCCUACCCAGACUGUGCCAGUGUGCACCUUCAAAAGGUCCAAGGCUUUGAACUGGUGUUAAAAUGAUUGUGUCAAAAUGAAAAUCCAACAUCUCCCUGCAUCUAUAACUGCAUCAUUUUCCAUUGAUUAAAAUCAUUUUUGAGUCACGUCGCCUCAUUGAACCUUCUGAGGUUCAAAUACAUAAAUUAUGAUUUUCUGUAUCUCUGUUAAGUAUCAUUCCUGUGUCAGACCUCAUGAAAUGCCUUAGUGUGAAGUUAAACCAGCUGUCAAGGCUGCAAACCUCUAACUUUUACUGACAUAUUCAUCCCCCUCCCUGUCAUUAAACAUCUUUGAAAACUUGUUUAACUAUCUGCUCAUAUAAACAAGCAAAGCAUGAGUUGCUAUGGUUUUUUACAAGCUCAUUUGAUUUUUUUGGAUAACUCAUACAUCUUGUUCUGAGGACAGAUUGCUUUAUUAGAUAAGAAAAAAAAAAAAAAGGCCUUGAGCGCAGUAACUGUGUUUCUAGUGUGAAUCUUUGGCCACAGAAUGGUUCAAUCAUCUUUAUCUGAAUGACUGGUCAAAUGAUAAAUAAAAAAAAAAAAAAUCCUGUGGUGGGUGAUUUUCAUCACGAGUGUCAAAGUUCGCCUCUGUCCCUCCUCAGUACGUAACGACACUGUAAGAGAGAGUAGAAGGUUCAGCACAUAUGCUAGUGAUGGGUUAACAUGGAUAGUGCUCAGCGACUAAAAGCAAGCAAAUGCAUACACGACCACUGUUACAGACGUUUUCCCUUUCUCCUGCAUUUCUUUUGUGCUGUUUCUUUUUACCCAUAAUGCAUUUUUAUUCCGCCACCUCUGCACUAAAAAUGCCUGUUAAGUUCUUAACUAAGGGUGCACUUUAUGUAUUUUACUUACUGUGUUGUUAUGAUUGUUGAAUUUGGAGAAAGUGGGUGUGUGAUGGGUCAGACCUCUGGCCAGUGAUAACAGACUAUCAUAGACACUAUUAUUAUUAUUAUUAUUAUUAUUAUUAUCAUAUGAUUUACAAAGCAGUGAUGAAUGACAAUAUGAAGAGCAAACAAUGUUUUUAAACUGGUGAAGAUGUAUAGACUUUCUAGCACAAGUUGUAUAUACUGGCUCAGAUAUUCCACUCCGUCCAGCUCGGGUCCGUUAGUAAAGCAAGUCUGUUUCAAGAGGUCGACCAUAUUUAAGUAUUCAUAAUAAAUAGCCAUCAAAACGUCCUCGAACUCCAAAUCAGCCAGUCUAAUCCACUGGUCCUGCACAUGUCAUGAAAAGAAGUUGAAUCUGCUGCAACAGAUAGAUACAUUUAAAGAAAAAAAAAGAAAAGAAAAAAAAAAAGAUGACUGACAUUUCAGUACCCAGAAACUCCAUAUUUGGAGUUUGACUGAGAAAGUGGAAUAAUGAGAGUAUUCAAGUUAUUUGUAUAUGUGCGAAAAGUUACAGACCAUUUGUCUGUAACGUUUUAUUUUGGUUCUAAAUAAAGAUUAAAAUAUCUAAAGAGAGACAGCAGCUCCUCCUGACUGCCUCCUGCUCAUCCUCAGUUUCACCUGCUACCAGAGAGUUGCCGUACUUAUCUUUACAGAGAUGAAGGUAUAAACUGUACUAUACUUAAUUUAAACAAGACUUCUAAGUUGAGGAUAUCUGAGGGUGUAUGGUUUCAAGCUGUCUGUGUAUAUUAGUUUGCUGUAAAUAGUCUGAUGCAUGUUCUAUUCUUUCCAUGAGCUCAAGCAGAAACAUGUAUAGCAGUGUCCUGACUCUGGUGUGUGAUACAGUGUUCGGAUCAAGAUAAGGAGACUGCUAUCCCUGAACUAUCCUUAUCAUUUUCCUUAAACCUCGCUAGACAAAAGGGAAAAGGUUCUUUUAUUUUAUUUUAAUGUAUUUGCUUGCUGAGCAGAGUUCUCUUGUCUGUAAAUGUGAGCUUUCAGAUCGCUGUGAUAAAAAGUUUAAUUAAAAACAAUAAAAAGAAUGUGUUUUUA